UUGGUUUAGAUAGCACAUAUUCAACGCUAGAAUCAAGGAGGACAGACAGCACAAGAGAAGAGACGCUGAGCCUGGACAUUUAAGAGCAUCUGGGUCAUACCCUGAAACAGAUCCAGUCAGAAAUGGCUCCUCGGAUAAGACUGAACUUAGCUAAGCCUCUUCCAACCAUCAGUGAAGCUUUUGAGGAAGUGCUAGAAGACAUAACAAGCAACACAAAAAGUUUUGGGAAUGUUUAUCUGAGUUCGGAUUCUUGUUCUGGUGAAGAAAACUACCUUCAAUCUGUCUACCAGCAGGCAAGGCCUGCGUUCCUGGUACCACCAGAAAAUAAGCAUAAAAUCCAAGACAUCAACAAAUCUAGAAAGCUACACAAUAAUUACAGGGUCUUAAAAUUCUCUGAAACACCAAAAAUGGUCUCCAGAUACACCCUUCCUAACAUGCUAUUGUUAGAGAGACAGUGCUUCGUUCUUGAUUGCAUCAAAACUUACUCCAGCUCAAACAUGGACCCAUUGGAUACAGACACUCAGAAAAAUCAUAGGUGGAGAUGUCCUAAGGGCUAUGAGAACACUGAUAAUGAUGACGCAAAGCACAACUUUCAUGGCAUCAGUCUGGGCACACCUCAAGAAAAAGUAAUAGAGAAACGCGAUCUUGUCAGCCUCUUUCCAAGAAUUCCCUCCCCGAGACCACCGCCCAAGGAAGAUGGUGGCCAAGAGCUAAGAAACCUGAAAAACCAAGACAAGAUGCAAACUCUGAAAAGCAAUCCAAAUCAGAAAGAAAAUGAACUCCUUAUUGUUAAUGGCAAAUCCAUAUGGCUGCAUCCACCCAAAGAAGCCGCACUUGGUGCCAAGGUUAUGAGAUCACAAAGAGGGCAACCAACAGUGAAGACAGCAACCUGUUCUGAAAGAGAGAAGGUAAAAUCUUCCAUUUAUAUUCCAGAUAGCAAGAGAGAAGCAAGUAGCAGAGAACACCAUGUGCAGUUCUUCCAUAGUGAUCAACCGGCUGCAAAUUUGGACUGGCUUUCAGAAUACCGAAGUGCAUGGAAAGAAGCAAAGAUGAGGGCUUGCCUGCUCCCAGCCAUUGCCGAAUCAUGAACUGCCAUUUUGUCUGAAGAAAAGGUGGGCAACAUUUCCCUUUUCUCAAAGAGCAUUCUGUCGGAUGACACUCUAGCUCUGCAUAGGAUGAUAUUCCAGCUCUACGAUGCUAUGGUUCUGUGGGUGCAUUAUUUUAUUUAAUGUCCCAGAAGGCUUAAUUAGUUGUAAUGGUGCAAACUGCCAUGUGGCAGUGAUCCAGAGGCUGCACAUUAGUUCAGAGAAUCAAGUAAGAAGAACAAAUUACAGCAUUAUAUGGAGAACCUACUGCAGGUUCAGAUACACUUAUGGAAUUGUAAUAAUUGUUGUGCAUUUCAUAACCCUCUAUACCUUUUGACUACACGAAAAUAGAGAAGCCAUACUGUAUAUGAAAUGCUUUCCACUCUGCAGUAAUGGAGUUGCAGGCUCUUCAGAGCCUGGCUGUAUAUUUUGUCUAGAAACGUGGCUUUUAAAUUCCCCGUUGGCCAGUUGCGCACAUGCAAAACAGCCAUACAACCAUUUAAAGAAACUGCAGAGGAAAAUUAUCUGCUUCUCCCAUCACAUUACAGGUCUGCUUCAGUUUUGCUAUUUAUUU